AUGGAAACAGUGACAACGGUAACAUCGAAUGGAGGAAGUAUAAAGGCGAACCAUGCAAUUUUUGCACCGCAGUCAAAUUUGAUGACUGACUCUCAUCUUUGUUUUAAUAAGGAUCAGUUCAGUCGGUCGGAUUUCAAUGUAGAACGAUUCCUGAAUUUGGCCCGACGACGAGCUAGUUUGCAGCAAAUUCAUAACGAUUUACGGGUUUAUCUAAAAAUUGUGCAAAAUUCAAUGAUCGAACUGAUUAAUGAUGAUUAUGCCGAUUUUGUGAAUUUAUCAUCGAAUCUUGUAGGAUUGAAAGAAACAAUUGAUAAACUGACUAGUGAUAUUGAGACAAUAUGGCAUGAUUUCUGCAAUAGUACACAGAAUGUAAAGCAAUCUGUUGAAUUCAUUGAAAAAAAAACCACUCAACUCAUUGAAUGCCGAAAAGCGCAGUGUGAAAUUCGUGCACAAAUUUUCCUAAUAAAGUCAAUCGAGCGCUUAGCUGAUAAAAUUGCCAGUUGUCCAAAAGAAAUAGAGAUGUUUUGGUUACAAACUUUUGCUGAUGCAGUCGUUGAUGUGGUUCUAUGGUUUAACAAAGUGAAUGUUACUGAUGAUAAAAUAGCUGCUGCUUAUACUUUGUGUUUGGCUCGUGUCCGUAAGCUGACAGAGCAUUGGCUUGUACAAGAUCUCAGUGGUGAUUGUCGCUUUAUUGAACAAGUCCUUGGUAUAAUUACACUGAAUAAGAGUACUGACUCAGCUGUUUCUUGUGUAAUGACAGAAAUUAUUGCUGAACAUAUUGGAGAACCAAGCAACAACUUGGGAGAUUUUUUGGAUGAAGUAUAUACAACCAUCCGGAGGCUUCGAGAAAAUUGGUUGCAAAAAAUGCGGAAUAGUGGUGUGCCAUCCGCAAAUAUUUUACCAUUUCUGGACAAUUGCCUUCUCACUUUCAUAGUUUCAUCCCUUGAUAAGCACUUUGGUUCUAUUGUUGUUCCAAGCGAUAAUCGUCUUUUUCAUCGAUGCUAUAAGACAACUUGUGAUUUUAUCGGUAAUUGGCCUGAUGCUGCCAACUCACGUACUAUUUUGCGGAUGAUACGUAAUAGAUUCAAUUUGGUUGUAUAUUUCAAGCUGGAGACGCAGCAAUUUCUAUCACAGUUAAAAGAUGAGCUUAAUCCUUCUAUUGCUAAACUGAUUGGUAACGAGAAAAAGGAAGAAUGGGAAGAAAAAAUCUUUUAUCAAUUUCCGAAACUUGUUGUCAACACUUUAGAAAGGAUUUGGUCCGAUGAAGUUUACCUCCCGACUUUAUGUGACAAAUUCUGGGAUUUUACUCUUAAAGUCCUCAUGAGAUAUUUGGAGUGGGUCGAACGAAUUACGAGUUAUUACUGGAUUGACAAAAAGGCACCUGAAGAUUUUGAAAUUUGGCGUAUGUUUUGUGCUCUCUAUACUGAUUGUAUGACUGUUGAUAGUCGAACUUUUGAAAUUGCAUUAUCAUCAAUUUGGCCAAAAAUUCGAGAACUUGAGUUGGAUGUAACAAUGUUUGGGCAAUGUUUAUCGAUCUUUUCAACUAAAAUAGCUGAAAGAACGCAAGAAUUCGAGAAAUUUAUCGUCGAAGAUGCCGUUAGAUCGUUAGCAAAAAUUUUAGAUGGUGUUUGCGGAAUUCCUCGCCAGUAUCGCUGGACGAAAAAGCCUUCCCCAACCGAAAUAUCACCGUAUGUUAGUGAAACAGCGGCUGCACUGAAAUUAUUCAAGGAUGAAAUGAAUCAUUGUUAUUGGAAUGAAGAAAAUGUUGCAUCUGUGCAGAAGCAAAUAGUUGCUGAAUUGUUAGAGAUAUUUUUCAGGAAGGCGAAAGAGGUUCUCAACUCUGUCGAGCAAACGGGGACAAGUUUGCAACGUUUCAAGAGAAAGUCAUUGGCGGUAAAUGAGAAUAAUGCUGAUUCUGACGAAAAUAAAAUAAGACGGCAAUUGCUGUUAGAUUUGAAUUAUUUCAAAACAUUGGCAGUUUCAUAUCAGAUUGAAAUAUCACAUCUAGAAACAUUAAUGUUGCGUGCAAAUCCUCCAGCAGAAACGAUCCCAUUUUCAUCGUGA